AAAAAAAAUGACUUAACAGCCUCCUGCAGCAAAAUCCCGCUUGUUGUUUAUAGCAUUGGAUAUACAGGUACAUGUCCCGAGAGCUUGCAAUAGGACACACAUCAACACGCAUAACUAACACUGCUGCUGACUUUUUGAUACCCUCUAAGCUUUUUUUUUCCUAUUAACUGAAUUCAGAGCUCUUUAAGUCCUUUCAAGACCUGCACAUACCCUGUCUAAUACCAAUUCAGGAAAGUUCAUAUAAAAGUUAGUAAGUUAAGUUAGCAUGGAUGCUGUGACGUUAACCAGCUAGCUGUUUACAUAACUGCAUCACCAUCAGUAAGGGAACACUUGAGCAGAAGUGUGAAAUACGACCAACUUCUAGCACUGGAUAACAUUAAACUAGCUACAAGUUACCGGACAGAAAACAAGAUCAGUAGCUAAGUGUCUCUUCUAAACACUAGUUGAUGUUGGUAAGCUAGCGUUAAGUUGCGAUAACAUACGUAACGCUCUAAGCAAACAUUACAUCUUUUGCUGAAGGCAACAAAACAAAGAGGUAACAUAACAAUGGCACUUCCAGUGGCUGCAUUACAACUGAGCACGUCAUCCAGCCCGGGUCUGUUGGAGCACAACAUGCACAUCAGCGACAGAGAUUUGGGGAGUAUUUCAAGUAACAAUGACAGUAUUAUUCUGCCCUUACAUUCGCCGUGGACUUUCUGGCUUGAUAGAUCUCUACCAGGAACAACAGCAGCCGAAUGUGAAUCAAACCUGAAGAAAAUCUACACUGUGGAGACUGUCCAGAACUUUUGGGGAGUUUACAACAACAUACCCAGUGUCUCCAGCUUGCCACUGAGAUGUAGCUAUCAUCUGAUGAGAGGAGAAAGGAAGCCACUCUGGGAAGAAGAGAGCAAUGCUAAAGGAGGUGUUUGGAAAAUGAAAGUGCCCAAAGAUUGCUCUUCUGAUGUGUGGAAGGAGUUGUUAUUGGCUACUAUUGGAGAACAGUUCAGUGAUUAUUGUGCCCCAGAAGAUGAAGUAGUCGGUGUCAGCAUCAGUGUAAGAGACAGAGAAGAUGUUGUUCAGGUCUGGAAUGGAAAUGCACCUUGUGCUAAUGAGUCAAAUGUCUUAGGAAGGAUCUAUGAGCUUCUUCCACAAGUACCCUUUAAAGCAGUGUUUUACAAACCACAUGAGGAGCAUCAUGCUUUUGAAGGGGGUCGAUCAAGACAUUAGCACAUUUUCUUUGCUUAUGAACGUUUCAGACUAUAUUUGGGCAAAUUUUGAUGUAGUCAAGCUAAGAGUGGUUUAAUGUAUAAUCUUAAUUACCUCAAAAAGCAGCCCAUGUUUUAUGAAACUCAGUUGAUGGAAUUUCCCAUCUUCUGAACAGCACUGCUGUCAUUCAUAACAGUAUCCAAAAUACGUUUAUUUUAGCCAAAUGAAAAAAACACUUGAGUUUUAUUCAUCAUUCACUGUUUGUAUGUUUUUAUACUGAAGAGUUUUGCAGAAACCUUAACAAAAUAGCAGAUUGUGCACAGUCAGAUUUUUUUUAGAUGUAUUACAGCAAGUUUGCAGUUUCCUGAGCACAGAUGAUGCUAGGCCUUUGAAUUAAAUCUCAUUCUUGGAUCUAGGAGGAAGCCUCAUGCCACAAAGUAAUCUGUUACCUUAACAAUACAUUACAAGGCUUUUCUAAUCAGCUCUUUUCUCUGUUUUGUAUGUUACAGCCAAAAUACUGUUGCCUAUACUGGAUAACAUAAAUAUAUAUAUUAUGCUGCAAUGCUAAUAUGAGCUGAAAAAUGCACUUUUUAAAUUUUCUUUUGUAUGAUAAUUGCAAUAGAAAUAUGUUGUUAAUGCAAUAAAAUCACUACAGUAUACAAUAUCCUGAAUAGAUGCUGAGAAAUAUAUGCAAUUAUCUCUGUUUUGUAGAAUUUGUGGCAAAUUUUCAGUGUUGUGGUUGUCAUUUUGUUUAAGCAUGUGUAUUAACCAAGCACUUUGUCUGUAUGUGUAAGAGAUCAGAUAGCCCCUCCAGGAUUUAUUUGGACUUGUGGUACCAAGUGAGACUAAAUGCACUUUGGUUUUAUGUCACCUUUUACGUUGUGUUUUUCUGCUUUUGUUUAUUCAUUUUGUUAUGGGUUUCUUUUUUCUGUGUUCAACUAACAGAGAAGUGUGGGUGACAGUGUUGGAAAUAUGUUUUUGUGUAUUCAUAUGACCUGUGUUAAAAGUGAAUUUGUUAAAACUGACUCUUUGUAGAGUAGACAAUACUGGCCUGAGGGAAAAAUGAACAUAAUACACAGAAAUCUGUCACAGGGCCACAAAAAAGAAAUGUGUUGCUCUAUCAAGCAAUUUAAACAUACAGUGUUUGUAUAAAUCACAGCAGCUCUCAAAUCUAUAGCUUUAAAUAUUUAUUGUAGUCUUCUGUGUAAUAGGUUGUAUUUGUAUUAUUGAAAAGUUGAAUUUUUGCAAGUUGAAGUAUUAUACUGUACAUCCCACCAAAGGAGCCUUUUCUGGGUGUUUAUGUAUGAAACAGUAGAUGAGGGAGGGAAUAAGACUGAAACAGUAGAUGAGGGAGGGAAUAAGACUAUUUGGUACUGCACAGAGCAGAGCAGAUUUUCUGGAGUCCAAGUAUUAUAAUACUAAGACUUUUGAGGUAAUGUCUCCAGAGCAGAGUAUCCAUCCCUUGAAACCCACUGACAGAUUUAUCAAUGUGAUCAAAUAAGUUAAGUAUUAAUAAUGCUGGUGUCUUGGCCACUUUAUUUUCCCUGUAUUGUUUUGUUAAUUAUAAUAAUAGUAACAUUAAAAGCACAUAUUCUAGGAGAAGAGAACACCAAUACUGUAAUGCCUUCAGAUGCACAGUUGAUCACUCACUUCAGACCUUAGACCUUCUAAAUAAUUGCUGAUGUUGGAUGAUGCCUUGUGUUUACCAGCAGUAUAAAAUAGGCGCUGGUCCACAUGUGAGGGUUCAAAUACAGUUGACCACUCUCACCGAUACCAGACCCCAACAACUCAGUCAUUAGAGGACAUUGUUGGCCACCAAAGGACUGGAACCGCAGUGAAUCAGUCGUUAGGGGACAUUGUUGGCCUU